UUUAAUCUCCCAAUUAUUACUCAUAAAAUUUUUAAAGAGAACAGCACUUGAUUCAGAAAUGGCACUACCUAUUAAAAAUCAAAAAGUAGAAAUUUUAAAAACGAAUAGAAGUAAAAGACAUGUUCCUUAUGGUAGUGGAUAUAAUGCUGCAUUAAUGAAUGGGGGAGGGCCUAUGUUUCAAGAAUGCCCAGCUUGUUGUAUUCCUGGCGAGAGAGGACCUCCUGGUGAUCCAGGCCUUCCAGGAAUUCCUGGUGCUCCUGGCCCUGAUGGGGCACAAGGCCGGCCAGGAACUACUCCAAAUGCUUCGUGUAUUCCUGAAAGAGUAUUUGAACCUCCACCAUGCUUGCCUUGUCCACAAGGACCGAGAGGGCCACCUGGACAUCCAGGAUUUCCUGGGGAGAUGGGUGAUCCAGGUAUUCCAGGUCGUCCUGGUCGAGAUGGAUUACCAGGGAAAAAGGGAGAAGAUGGGCCUCCCGGAUUAGAUGGUCAACCAGGACCUGCAGGACCGCCUGGCGAUAAAGGAUCAACACCAGAGGCACAUAUAAUUCCAGGUCCACCUGGCGAUCCUGGUGAAACUGGACCUUGGGGGCCUCCCGGCCUUGCAGGUCCACCAGGUGAAGAUGGUUAUCCAGGAAGUGCUGGUGAAAAAGGAUGGCCUGGAUUACCUGGACCUCCUGGGGCGAUGGGUGCUUCUGGACAAGCUGGUCCUCAAGGAGAGCCUGGGCCUACGGGCACACCUGGAACUUGUGUAUGUCAAGAUACGGAAGUUGUGGUUACUGAACAAAAGAAAAAGAUAACACAAGGAGGAGGAUAUCCACCAUCCACAAAUGCAAUAGGUGGUGGUUAUUCACAACAAGGAGGUUAUGCACGAAAGAAAAAGAAAAGGCAUUAA